AAGAGUGCCUUUUUAAAGAAAUAUGUCCCUUACAACGAUCUGGGUAGUAAUUUAAGUUAGUAAUUAUUCGCACCUGUGGGUAGCGAAUAGUGUUAAAAGUGAGUAAAAUGGAGAAAGAAGGCACAAACACAACAAUACAGAAUGGAGAUGGAUACGAACCUGACAGAGAAGAGACGACACCACUACUGCCACAGGAAGUUCAGAUCUCCAAAGGUUCAUCUUUUACCUCAUCUGUCUUUAACCUGAUGAACGCCAUCAUGGGGAGUGGCAUCCUGGGAUUGGCCUAUGCCAUGGCAAACACUGGCAUUGUGGGCUUUAGUAUUUUGUUGUUGUUGGUGUCCAGUUUGGCUGCAUAUUCCAUCCAUCUCCUACUUUCAGUGUGUGACCAGACAGGAUUAAAGUCGUAUGAAGCACUAGGAGAGAGAGCCUUUAACAAAGCUGGACAGAUUCUGGUGGCCUGCACUAUCCUGAUCCAAAAUAUCGGUGCCAUGGCGUCCUACAUGUUCAUCUUAAAGAUGGAACUUCCUCCCACAAUUAGUGGCUUUCUGAAAGCAGAGGAUUCUGGUGCUUGGUAUGAAAAUGGUGUAGUGGUGUUGAUUCUGGUAACCGUGUGUGUGGUGCUACCACUCGCCCUGCUGCCCAAAAUCGGUUUUCUGGGUUACAGCAGUAGUUUGUCCUUCUUCUUCAUGUUGUUUUUUGCUGCUGUGGUGGUGGUGAAGAAAUGGUCUAUUCCCUGCCCACUGCCCUCCAAUUCCACCGUCAGUAUGAUCUCUAACUCGUCUGUAUCAGACUGCAGAGCUCAUCUCUUCAUUUUCUCUAGAAAGAGUGCCUAUGCCGUCCCCACCAUGGCAUUUUCCUUCCUGUGUCACACUGCAAUUCUGCCCAUUUACACUGAGCUUCACCGACCCACUAAGCGGAGGAUGCAGAACAUAGCUAAUGUGAGCAUCUCUCUCAGUUUCCUGGUUUACCUGGUCUCCGCCGUAUUCGGAUACCUCACUUUCUACAGUCAGGUGGAUUCCGAGCUGCUACGAGGGUACGAUGUGUACCUGCCGCGUGAUGUGGUGGUAAUGGUGGUGCGUCUGGCGAUCCUUUUGGCUGUGCUGCUCACAGUGCCUCUCAUUCACUUCCCGGCUCGCAAAGCACUGUUGACAUUAUUUAGAGGACAGAGAGAAUUCUCCUGGUUGUCUCACUGCCUCUCCACGUUCCUCCUCCUACUAAUAGUGGAGCUGCUGGCUAUAUACGUCCCUGACAUCAGAAAUGUAUUUGGAGUUGUGGGUUCCACCACCUCUACCUGCUUGCUGUUUGUGUAUCCGGGUCUGUUUUAUCUUCGGGUCAGCAAUGAUAACAUCAGAUCUGUUAUAUCAGUUGGGGCCAUCGCUCUGGUGGUGUUUGGGGUGUUUGUGGGUUUGCUGAGUCUGUGCACCAUCAUUAUUUCCUGGGCGCAACCAUCUUGACAUUUCACCUCAGACCUCCUACAUCUUCUUCCAGACUUGCAGACAAUUGCACAAUAAUGGGGAACAGAUUGAUCUGAAAAGGGAUGUGGGGUCAGUGUAGGACCAUUACUGCUCUACCACACAGAAUAAACUCUGAACAAGUGACCAACAAAUAGAACAAGAUUAACAGCACUGGCCAAUUUGUUGCACCAGAAAUGUAGUUCCACCCUUAUUGUAAUGAGGUCAAGUAUCGGGGUCAGAAGAGGUGCCGAUCUUGGUUUUCAUUUCGCUUUGAUUUUACCCUCCUUUUUCUAAUUACAUUUUACCUCAUUAUAUUAAUCAUUAAUAAUAAAACAUGAUAUUCUGACCAUCUAAGGUGUCUGAAGUACAAAGUAAAUGUACAUUGGCAUCACUGCACCAUCAGACCAAAAUUUACCAUUCCAGUGUCACAUUCUUUAUAGACUGUUUUUACUGCAACUAAAUUACUUAUACUUUAUAAGCUUAUAGAGCUGUUACCAUUACCUAGCAACCUAUGUCCAGUGGGAUGAUACAGGUGUGGUGAAAAAAACACCCAAAUAAUAAUAUAACUACAUAUAACAGCUCAGAUAAAAGGUUUAUAGCUAAUCGAAUUGUCUACCACUUGGCCUUGAACACCACAAAUCUCAGCUUGUGAUCAGAGAUGACAGAGGGUUUUUAGAUUUAUAAUCAUGUUUACAGAACGGCCGCUCAUCAGGUGCUUGCAGUAACACAAUUCUGCCAGAGAGGCCUCCAAAUCCCAAUGAAUUAAAAUGUAGCUGAAACACCCACACUCUCUGCUCAGGGAUAUUGGUUUGUGGGGGUGGGUGGGUGUCGGUGAUCUUAUUGAGUCUUGUAGUUUUAUAUGUGUAUAUUUAGAAUUUAAUAAAAUGUGUUCUGGGACUCAAACUGUUAAUCAGUGCCACACACAAUGUAAAUGACUUUAUUAAAAUAGAAUGAGUGGAAGUGUGUGCACAUGUUUGUGCCUGCACUGUGCUGAACAAUAAAAUUGAACAAUGUAA